AUGAGCUCUCUGGGCGGUGCUCUCGCCUCCACGAUGAGGCCCUGGCGCUCGCUCUACGCCUGCGCCUGCUGCUACCUGCUCCCUCUCUCCUCCGCCAUGCGCCUAGCCACUAGCACCGCCCGGUCCGCUGGGUUCGCGACAAGGGCAGCGGCGGCGGCGGCGCGAUACAGCAGUAGCAGUCGGAGACCAAGCGGCCUCUCCGCCGCCACGCCGCCGUCGUGGGCAGCAGGCAGGGAUUCGUCGAGAUUAUCCGCGGGUGUCUUGCAGCAACAGCAGCAGCUGCAGCAACCGCAGCGUCACCCUUGUGGGAAGCUAUUCGCCGGCGGUGGUGCUGGUUGCGUCGGCGGUGCAACAACGUACGGCGGUGCCCGGUGCCCGUUGGUGGGCAGCAGCGGAGGCGGCAGUAGUAGGACCUUUUCGGGGGGCAAGCGGCCCAAGCUCAGAGGGAGAGCAAGGUGGGAACGGGGGAGGGCAGGGGCGCUGGGGAUGGGCAAAGGGCUGGGUCGCAAGAAGGCAAAGAAAGAGCAGGCGGCGGCAAACAAGGCGGCGGGCAAGGGGACGCCUGCGCCCAAGGCGGCGGCUCAGCAGAGCGUAGGAGCGGCGGCCGCGGGCCAAGUGGCAGUGCAGGAAAUCUCGGACAAGGAGGGAUUCCUGGGCGCGUUCGAGACACUGCGCAAGGCCAAAGCUCCCAAGAAGAUUUUCCAGGCGUUUUCGACCGCGAAGAGGAACGGGAUAGAAGGCCUGCCCGACCUAGCAGCGGCGGCGGUAAAGGAAGAGCUCAAGCUCAGCCGGGUGGACCUCGCCAGGAGCGUGAUCGAAACUCUCGGGGCAGAGCAAUGGGACGCUUGGCUUGCUAGGCACCUGGACGGGGCGCAGGCUGUGGUCCGGUGCGCGUGCGCUGCCAGCGAGGCGGCUUUUGCCGAGGAGCUUAUCGCCAAGGCCGGGUUUUCGUGCGGCGGCGGCGACGAGCUCGCGGAGGAGUUUGUCUCUGCGGCGACCUCGGUGUACCCCAACCUCAUCACGGCUUUCUCGAGGAACGGCAAGCGUGGCGACGCGAUGCGGCUUUUGGAGGCCAUGGCCAACGCAAGGUUGCCGGUGAAGACUCCCGCGGCGAACCGCCUGCUUCAAGGUUUCCACAAGAGGCGAGACUUGGAGGCAGUCUUCAAGGUGCUGGACGUGAUGGCGGCGGCGGGGGUCGAUGGCGACGAUGAGACCUACGAGUGGCUCGCCAACGCGGCUGUGAGGGGAGUGGACUUCGUAAAGGGCGCGGUUAGCAUGGCGACGCUUCCGAAGGAGCCGGUGCUGCCGGAAGCAGCGUUCAUCGGGCGGAGCAACGUCGGCAAGAGCAGCCUCAUCAACAUGGUCUGCAACCGCAAGGCGUUAGCGUUUACGUCGAAGCGACCGGGGAAGACCCAGCAGUUCAACUACUUCCUGAUGAACAACAACACCGAAAACGCCUUCUAUCUCGUCGACUUGCCGGGCAUGGGGUAUGCGAAGGUGCCCGAGAAACAGCGGAAGGAGUGGUCGACCCUGUUUCGGAGCUACAUCACGCGGAGGUCAUCGCUUCGCGUGCUGUUCCAUCUCAUCGACGGUCGACAUGGUCCCGUGGGUCAGGACCACGCCAUCAUGAAGCUCAUGGCCGAGCUUCCCGACACGGCGAGGUACGUCGUGGUGCUGACGAAGGCGGAUAAGUCGGACAACUCUGUGUCGAGGCAGGUGCUGGAGGGGGUCGUGGCCGCGCUCCGAGAGGCAGGGGUCUCCCGCACCCCUGUCGUGCUCACCAGCGCUGCUUCGAAGCUAGGGAGGGACGGGAUGUGGAGGUACCUCCGACUAGCGGCGCUCGACAAGGCCAUGCGAGAAAAAGAAGUGGCGAACAAAGAAGGAAAGCCGGGCGAAGACGCGGAGUCAGGGUCGGAGGGUAACGACUGGACCCGGGUGGUUCGGAGAGGGGAGGGACAGGAGGACGCUGGUUUAAAUAGUAAGCCUGUGUCGGUGGUUGCCGGCGUUUCCAAAGUGGGGGGCGCGGCAAAGUAG